GCUAUGUAGUUGUUAAACGGCUUUAAGAAAGAAAUAAACUAGCAACACCGCUAAGGUAGUAUUGAAGAACAAAUUUUUAAAUUAUAAAUUUGAAAGAAAAAGUUUUUAAAGUUAAAAAAUAAUCAAGAUGUCUUUACUACCAUUAUUAUUCGAUUAUUAUGAACCAUGGCACUCCCGCCAUCCUCUUCGUCGCCAACCAGAGUUAGAUCUUUUGGAUGCUGUAGAUUUGUAUCCAUCAAUUCCAGAAAUUUUAUCAAUUAUGCCAAGACAUCGAAAUGAAUUGCGAAGAUCAGGUGGUAGAAAUGAUUUACCCGCGCCAACAGUUGGAAAAGAUGGUUUUAAAGUAUUAAUGGAUGUGAAACAGUUUAAACCAGAAGAAAUUACAGUUAAAACUGUAGAUAAUCAAGUAAUUGUCGAAGGAAAACAUGAAGAACGUGAAGAUGAACAUGGCCAUAUCUAUCGCCAUUUUACUAGAAAGUACAUUCUUCCCAAAGGAUACGAUUCGAAAGAAGUUACAUCGACUUUGUCAUCUGAUGGUGUUUUAACUAUUAAAGCUCCACCACCACAAAAACAAAUUGAAGGCAAUGAGAGAGUUAUUGAAAUUCAAUCUGUUGGACCUGCUAAAGUAGGUACAAAUGGCGAAGAAGAACCAAUGCAAGUAGAAAAUGGAAAAUAAUUUAUUCCAAGCAGGAAAUUACGCUAAAAAGAAAAAAAGACUUCACAUAAAAAUUAUAAUAAGAAUCAUUUUCAAAAAAAAAAAAAACUUACUGCUAUUCCAUCAAAAUAAAACUACUAUUUUUUAAGUUAAAAAAUAAAUGUUAAAAAUUUUAAGGGUGUUUGCAUUCUAAAAUAAAAUUAAAGAAAAAAAGUCAUGUAGAUCCAUGUAGAACUUUAGUUUUUUUUUUUAUUCCAUAUUGUAUGUAUUUAAUUUCAUUUUC